UAAAAUUAUGCCAUUUUAGGCAAAAAAAAAAAACGCAGGCCAACGGCUUUCGGAGACCGGAGCUCGCGAGGGGAGACCGGAGCUCGCGAGGGGAGACCGGAGCAGUUUUGCUGUGUCGGAGGCUCCGAGCAUCUCCGAGCGAACAGUUCAACUCACAUUUUUUUCUUCCAUGGAAGAGAUAGCAGUGAAGUGGGACGUAGAUGACAUUAACCAUGAGGGCAGAGACGACGAGAUGGCGUCGGCCGGCAGCCCUAGUUUUUCAGACUCCGAUUCCGACGAAGAAACUGCGGAGGAACUCGAGAUUGGAGCCCUAGAGAAGCAGCUUGAAGAAAACCCUUUAAACUACGAAGCCCAUGUCCAGUAUAUACAACACUUGAGGAAACAUGGUCAUGUUGAAAAGCUUCAACAAGCAAGGGAAUCCAUGAAUAGAUAUUUUCCUUUAAGCCCAAAAAUGUGGCAGGACUGGGCAAAAGAUGAGGCGACUCUAAAUCCAGAGUCUGAAAAUUUUGAAGAAAUUGAGAAGAUUUAUGAACGUGGGGUUCAUGAAUAUUUGUUUGUGCCUCUGUGGUGUGAUUAUCUAGAAUUUGUUGAAGAACAUGAUCCGUUGGUGUCAGAAUGUGCGCCAGCUGGUUUAUCAAAGAUGAGAACUUUAUUCGAGCAUGCUCUUACUGCUGCUGGAUUGCAUUUUUCUGAGGGAGGAAAUAUUUGGGAAGCAUACAGAGAAUUUGAGCAGGCAGUCUUUCUAACAAUUGAUGGGAGUGAUAAUGAGGAGAAAGUAAAGCAGGCUCAACGCAUUCGAUCUCUUUUCUAUCGUCAGUUAUCUGUACCUUUAAUUAAUCUGAGGUCAACUCUUACAGAUUACAAGCUUUGGGAGGCUGAACAAGGGAAUCUAAAUGAUGUGAAUUCCGAAUUUGAUGGAGUUUCAAGCAAUAUCAUCUCUGCAUACCAAAAAGCCCUGGAAAUGGGCAGUGCUCGUGCUCCAUAUGAGGAGCAGCUCUCUAAUUGUGAUGCUACUGAGGUUGAUAAGCUUCAGCAUUAUAUGAAUUAUAUAAAACUGGAGGACUCGGUUGGUGAUCCUGCACGGGUUCAAGCUCUUUAUGAACGCGCACUUACUGAUUUUCCUGUGUCAAGUGAUUUGUGGUUAGGAUAUACUAGCUACCUCGACAGAACUUUUAAGCAGGUUUCUGAAUUUGUCAAAGAUGUUUAUUCAAGGGCUACGAGAAACUGUACAUGGGUAGGGGAGCUUUGGAUCAAUCAUAUGCUUGCAUUGGAACGCAUGUCUGCUUCAGAGAAAGAGCUGAGCACUGUCUUUGAGCGUGCAAUUCAAUACUCAUUUCCAAGCGUCAAAGAGUAUCUAGAAUUGUUUCUAACUCGAAUAGAUGGUUUAAGACGAAGGAUUUCUUCAACGGUAGCAAAAGAGGAUGGCUUGGAUUACUCCCUGAUAAGAGAAACCUUUCAGCGUGCUGUCGAUUAUUUCUCUCUACAAGUCAUAAGCAAUGAUGAUCUACUGCACUUGUAUGCAUAUUGGGCACAUUUGGAGGCUACUCUUGGCAAAGAUUUUGUUGCUGCUCGAGGUGUCUGGGAAAGCUUGAUUAAGAAAAGCGGCUCAUUGCUAGAAGCGUGGCAAGGUUACAUAGCAAUGGAAGUCAGAAUGGGCCAUAUUAAUGAGGCAAGAUCCAUUUAUAAAAGAUGUUAUAGUAAGAGGCUUCAAGGAACAGGUUCUGAGGACAUUUGCCACUCUUGGUUGCGAUUUGAAAGGGAAUAUGGCACUUUGGAUGACCUUGAUCUUGCGGUAAAAAAGGUAACACCUCGCCUACAAGAGUUAACGGCUUACAAAACGCAGCAGGAUUCCAAAGGUUCUUUGUCUACUCAAAAAAAUGUCUCAGUGGCCGCAGUUGCAUCACAGAAACGGAAAGCAAAUAAAACUUUUGGUGAUAAGCAGACUCCAGCUAAGAAAAAAAAAGAUGUUGCACAAGAACGAUCUGAGGCCUCUCUAGCUGUUCCGACCAGUACUUCUGUUCCUAAUCAGCAAGACGAAACUUUGCGAGGCACUGGCGAACAUCAACAUAAUGUAAAAGAUGUUAGAGAUUCAAAGUUGAACAAGACUAAGCUAUUUUACACUGAUAAUUGUACUGCAUUCGUAUCAAAUCUUAGUCUCGAGGUAACAGAGAAACAUUUGCAUGGAUUCUUCAUGGAUUCUGGAGGAGUGGCUGCCAUACGAUUGCUUCGGGACAAAUUCAAUGGAAGAUCAAGGGGAUUGGCCUAUGUAGAUUUUGUAGAUGAGGAGCAUCUUGCAGCUGCUAUUGCAAAGAAUAAACACAAGUUGCUUGGCAAGAGAUUAAGCAUCGCUCGCUCAGAUCCCAAGCAAGGCCGAAAUAAAUCCAGCACAAGUUCUCAUAGUCGCGCUAGAGGAGGAGACUUAAAAAAAGACCAUAAGGGCGUAGCUGAGGGUUCCGGAGCCCCUCCAAGAGAAGAUAGUCGGAACACCGCGAAACCUUCGAGGAAUAUUACAUUUGCUGCACCAAGAGCGGGUGCAAUGACGUUAGGGUGGCCGAAAAGAGGAGGAGUUACAGACUGAUGAAGCAACAGAGAAGCCCAAAUCAAAUAAUGAGUUCAGAGAAAUGUUUCUGAAGAAAUGAGGAUUCAUGCCAUUUACUUCCUCUGGUUUGGAUUCAAUUUAAGUUACCGUUACCUUUCUGUGCUUUAUUUUCUCCAAUCUAUGUGUGUUUGUAUGGCACAUAAUGCAUAUAUAAGGUAGUGCAGCUUACAUGCGAGUUUUCUUACCAGCUACUGUA